UUUAACUGGACCUUGCCUUUAGAAUCAGUUAGCAGGCCGUCAAAAUGCUUAAGAAAUCCCUCAGCCCAGUCGAAGCAGCGUUUGAGACUCCAAGCAUUUGAGUUCACAAUGGUCCGUAGUGGAAAAAAUGGUGACCUUCAUCUUAAACAGAUUGCAUAUUAUAAACGAACUGGUGAAUAUCAUGCAACUACACUGCCAAGUGAGAGAAGUGGUAUAAGAAGAGCAGCAAAAAAGUUUGUCUUCAAAGAAAAACAGCUAUUCUACGUUGGAAAAGACAGAAAACAAAAUCGUUUGGUAAUUGUUUCAGAAGAGGAAAAAAAUAAAGUCCUAAGAGAAUGCCAUGAAAAUGAUGCUGGAGCUCAUCACGGCAUAUCCAGAACACUCACUCUAGUGGAAUCUAAUUACUAUUGGACUUCUGUGACCAAUGAUGUCAAACAGUGGGUAUAUGCUUGUCAGCAUUGCCAAGUGGCAAAAAAUACAGUUAUUCUAGCACCUAAACAGCACCUUCUCAAGGUGGAAAAUUCAUGGAGUAUAGUUACUGUGGAUCCGAUGGGACCUUUUCAUGCAAGCAACAGAAGUCAUGUGUAUGCUAUAAUUUUGACAGAUUUGUUCACAAAAUGGGUUAUGAUUUUGCCUCUAUGUGAUGUUUCAGCGUCAGAAAUUUCUAAAGCUAUUACCAAUGUAUUUUUCUUAUAUGGACCUCCUCAGAAAAUAAUAAUGGACCAAAGAGACGAAUUCAUUCAACAGAUCAAUGUAGAACUGUAUGGAUUGUUUGGUACAAAAGAGAUUGUAAUUUCUCAUGCUGCUGGAACUGUUAAUCCAACUGAAAGUACACCUAGAACAAUCAAAGCAUUUCUCUCCAAACACUGUGCCGACCACCCAGAGAACUGGGAUGAACACUUAUCAGCUGUUUCCUUUGCCUUCAAUGCAACUCACUUGGAGCCUGCUAAAAAUACACCAUAUUUUCAAAUGUUUAAUCGAAAUCCUUAUAUUCCAAAGACUUCAGAUACUCUUCAUGAAAUGGAUGCUGAUAAUACAAGUAUGUUUGCCAGAAUUCUAGAUGCAUUUAAAGAAGCUGAAAAAAUAAUGGAGGCAAAGACAACUUCAAUGGGCCAGGUGGAGAACCAUUUGAAUGGACUACAUAAAAACAAGAUCAUUGUUAAAAAGAAACCAAAGCAGUUAAAUCCAUUUCAUUUAAAAGUGGGUCAUGAGGUUUUAAGACAAAGGAAAAAUCGGUGGAAAGAUGGUCGUUUCCAGUCCGAAUGGAUUGGUCCUUGUGUCAUAGACUAUAUUACAGAAAGUGGCUGUGCUGUCCUGAGAGACAAUACGGGGACUAGGCUUAAACGACCUAUCAAAAUGUCCCACCUUAAGCCUUAUGUAAGAGAAUCCAGUGAACAAGAUAGUCUUUAUCUCUUGCAAGGUUCUAUAGUGGCAGAUCAUGACUACAUUGGAUUGCCUGAAAUUCCAGUUGGAACACACCAAGCAAAUAUCCUGGUAGAAGAUGCAACUGUUGGCGUAGUUGAUAAUGAGUUACUGACAUCAAGCAAGGAGCAUGAACUGUUAGAGUAUAGAAAUCCCAAAACCUCUUCAUUGAUAGAAGAUCAUGGUACUCUUGAAAAGCAGACUUUCAGUCUGUUGGACUCUUCAAACCAAGUCCUUGAAUACUUAAAAAGGGGGAGUUUGGACACAGACUCAGGGAGAAUUUCAUAUGAAGAUGAACGUGAUCCUUCUACAAGCCACGAAAUAACAAAGAUUGCCAGCAAACUGCCAGGUGCUGGGGUAGAGGAGCAGAGCAGAUUCUCCCACAGAGCUGUCAGAAGGAUCAACACUUCAUCUCAGACUUCUGCCUUCAGAACUGUGAGUCUACUAGAGUGCUCUGGACUGGUACCUGGAACCAGGCCCGUGUGAACCUAGAUACCAGCUCAGCCAUUUGAGGAGCCCACCACAUGCCUCAUCUAGAACCUGUGGAUGGUCAAAUUACUGAAAGGCUUACCCUGCCUAAAUAGCCUAUAAAGACUGGAGGAGGUACUUAUUUCUUCAGAUGUGCAGAAACCAACACAAGGCUGCAAGGAUCAUGGAUAAUCAGGUUAACAUGAUACCAACAAAGAAACAAAAGAAAUUGUCAGUAACUGACCCUAAAGAAAUGGAUACAUACAAAACUUCCAACACAGUUUAAAGUGAUUGUCUAAAAGAAGCUCUCAAUGAUAACAAAGCAAAAGAAUACAUUAAACAAAAUGAGUAGUUUAACAAGAAACCAUCCCCCAAAAAACCAUUCUGAAGCUGAAAAACAACUACAUUGAAAAAAUUCAACAGAGAACUUCAACAAUGAAUGAAUGAAGAAAGAAUUGGUGAGCUUAAAUACAAGGCAUCUAAAAUUACGCAGAGGAACAAAGGGGGGAAAAAAACCAGUGAAGAACAUCUAUAGCACUUAGGCAUCACCAUCAAGUGAACCAUAAUAUGCAUAUAAGAAUCAUAGAGGAAACAGAAAAAGGGAAAGGAGAAAGCUUUCUAUGUCUAGAAAGGGAAAUGAAUGUCAAUAUCCGUGAAUCCCAAAGAACCCUAAAUAUAUUGAAUAUAAAGAUAUCUUUACCGUGACACAGUCAAAUUUUCAAAUAUCAAGCAAUUUUGAAAGCAAGAGAAAAGCAGCUGUCAAAUAUAAUACAAAGCUAUGAUAAUCCUACAUCAUGGCACUAGCAUAAAAAUAGGCACAUAGACCAAUGGAACAGAAUACAGAGCUCAGAAAUAUAUUGUGAUGGUUGAUUGAUUAUGUCAAUCAACUUGUAAAUAAUGCCCAACUAAAUUGGCUCAUCAUAAUUCUGGGUGUGGAAGACCCACCCUAGGGAGGAUUAUCACCACAAUGCUGUGAAAGGGAACUGAAGAAGGAAGGAUUGCUUCUGUUUCCUUUGGAGAAGCUCUAGUCUUUGCUUUCACCCUGUGCUUCCUCUCCUGGCUUUCAGAGCAGACUCUUCAGUCACCACCACAGACCCUUCAGCCUUCCAGUGCAGACCCUCCAGCCUCCUGAUACGGACUCCCAGAAGACACUACAUGGAGCUCCAGGCCUUCAACUGGAUCCUCCAGAGCCCCAGUGCGCAGACUGACCUUUUGUACUCUUCUACACCUAACUCUAUGGGCAGCCAUCGUAAGCCGAUCUGUAAAUUCUUCUAUACUUGUAUAUCAUGUAUUAUAUCUAUUUCUCUAAUAAACACUGACUGAUACAUA